AUGGCACCAGGUGACAAGAAGUUCGGUCCUGGCAUUGGGCAGGAGAGGGAUCCAUUUGUGACUCCUCGCCAUAGAAUCAGCACAAGAUUGUCACCGACUGCUUCAACUUUCAAUCCUUUCACUAACGUCAACAGUCUCGGCGAAGCUAGUAAAUCCAAUCCAGUUGCAACCGCACUUAGCACUGAGCUAGGGCUAUCCCGGUACCUUCUUAUUGCAUCAGAUACCCAUUUGGAGGCUGAAGAAGUCAGUAUUUGGUUAGACCAAAAUCCUGGCUCGGAAACUGAAUCUCCGGCUUUGAACACUGGUCAAAUUCUUCUGGUAGCUACCAUCUCCCCCAGUAUCAGCCUUGAUGUUGGUCAGGUAUUCGACAUUGCACAGAACUUUCUCCAUUCGUACGGACGUUUAUUUGCCUUCAUCAAAAUUCCAAAUCCGUCAAAAACUCCUUCUUUUAGAGCCAUUGCGGAAUUUUGCGACAUAUCUCAUGCCACAAAAGUGAUAGCCAACUGCGCUCAUGUUACCACACCUGAGAAAAUACUGAUGAACCCAAAGGGAGUGCAUCUGGUGAUUUCAGCAUACGAAACUAACAGUACUUUUGUGUCGCCCCUGAAGCCAACGCAAAAUGUAACCGGAGCAAACACACAAAACAAUGCUCAGCAUCAGCAUAUGCACAUUGGCUCGGCCUCGCGGUCUGUUGUGCCGAUAGAAGCGCGAGUGAGCCACCCGUUCACUAUGUACCCUUUGAUGGUUCAGUCGCCAUUUGUUGCAAAUGUACCAUAUAUUCUGGAUUCUCUCCCGCCGGGAAGUAGUCAAGGCUCUGUAUCGCCGAUCACUACCCUGGCUCCGUCCUUUCCAGUGCUGGGCCCCUUGUACCAUGCACCUCCAUCGCCAGCCCUGACUGUUCAAAGCAAUUAUAGUCCAUCAAGGGCAGUGGCCGGGUUUUUUCGAUCUGACGGCCGCAGACAAAACGCAGCCAGGGUUACUAGAUCCCCAUACAAUAACUCUACCAACCACCACAAUUACGUCGAUAUCAACCGGAUUCGAGAUGGCAUUGACGUUCGCACUACGAUAAUGCUCCGAAACAUUCCCAAUAAAGUGGAUCAGGCUAUGCUGAAGAGGAUCAUAGACGAGUCUAGUUGGGGCAAGUACGACUUCAUGUACUUACGCAUUGAUUUUGCGAAUGACUGCAAUGUUGGCUACGCAUUCAUUAAUUUUGUUGAUAUUGCAGAGAUAUCAUACGCAACCAUCCAAGGCAAAGACUGCUUAGUCCAAAAGUUCAGGAACAGCUCCGUCAUGCUUGAGGCUCCGCAUUAUCGCCCAAAGCUCUACUUUACUUGCAAUGGCCCUUGUCCUGAGUUGGCAGGCCAGGAAGAACCAUUCCCGGAGCCGGACAACCAAUCUAAAAUGAAGAGGAGCUGCGAGAAUGCAGAGCAUGUUGGUCUCUUCACGCCUAAUGCCGGCCAGCACUAUCGCGACGAGCAGCGGCGCAGACGAUCUCAGUAUGACCGUGGAACUAGGCUUGCCGCCCUCGAGGAAUAUGACUACGAAGCUGCAAUUCAAAAUAUGUACACCAUUACACCACAUUGA